GUCAGUAUCUACCUGCCUCCUCUGAAGACCAUGAAGAACGUGGUGGACAGGAUGAAGAACCUGUCUAACUUCCUGGUGAUGGAGGCCAACAUGAACGGAGACAUGAACCUGAAGAUCCAGACAGAUCUGGUUUCUGUCACCACCCACUUCAGAGACCUGGGAAACCCUCCGUGGGGUGGGGACGCCUCUCAGGACGGGGCUGCGUCUCAGAGCAGGGACCCAGAGGACAUGGCGGAGGUCCGGGUGGACAUCAGGAAGCUGCAGCAGUUCCUGGUGGGACAGCAGGUCAACCCCAGCAGGGCCAUGUGCAGUAAGUCCCCCACAGGUGGUCCGAGGUGGUCCUGCUCACCUGGAGAACACCUGAACAACCUGGUGCAUUCUGGGAAAUGUAGUUUAGAUCUCAGCUCCGAACCAGUUCAAAACUGUUUCAGGUUAAAAGUUAAUCUGUCACUUUUAUCUACAGUAAAUCUGAAUUAUUACAAAUAUUUAAUAUUUAUUAAACUAAAAAAUCAUUUAGUUUGUCUGCUGAUCCAGAAAAAUGUCUUCAGAUGUUUUCAUCUGUUUCACAUCCUGGUAGAAAAAUAAUAACUUGUCUUUAUUUAGUUCCUAAACUUUAAGUCAAAGCUGCGUUCACUG